CGCUCUGUGAAUUGCGUCAUCAGAGCGCGGCCACUAGCUGACAGUAGCAGGGAAAGUUAACUGACCUUCUUUACGGCCUCGUCGCUCGCACUGGGGUCUGACGAGGACCUUGAAUGUUUUUCACCAGCAGUAUUUGAGCUUCUUGAUUUCUUUAACUGCACAGCUACACAGUCAUGCCCACAAAGCUGGAAGUCCCCACCUUGCAGGAGCUGAAGGUGGACGAGAUAAAAGUGUCCUCUUCGGUACUGAAGGCUGCUGCCCACCAUUAUGGCUCCCAAUGUGACAAACCCAACAAAGAGUUCAUGCUCUGCCGUUGGGAGGAGAAGGAUCCCCGGAAGUGCCUAGAGGAAGGGAGAAAAGUCAAUGAGUGUGCACUCAACUUCUUCAGGCAAAUCAAGGGGAACUGUGCCGAGUCCUUCACGGAGUACUGGACCUGCCUGGAUUACUCAAACUUGGCAGAACUCCGUCACUGCCGUAAACAGCAGCACGCUUUCGACAGCUGCGUCCUUGAGAAACUGGGAUGGGAGAGACCUGACUUGGGAGAUCUGUCUAAGGUCACCAAAGUGGCAACCUCGCGGCCCCUGCCAGAGAACCCCUACCACUCUAGACCUCGUCCAGAGCCCAACCAAACCAUCGAGGGCAAACUGGAGCCUGCCAAACAUGGCAGCAGGUUAUUCUUCUGGAACUGGUGAGGCAGCUC